CCGUUCUUCAAUUUAUCUGUUAUACUUAUAAUCACUUAGACAUAAAGGACAUUUACAUUUGGAACACUGCUGAACUUCAUAUAGGUGCAGUGUUAGGCUUUCCAAGGCCAAAAUGGGAUCUCUUGAAAAUGACAUCAAUCAAGAUUUUCAGGAUGCCAUUGAUGUAAUUCAGCGUCACUCUGAGAUACUACACUAUGGCACAGAAAAUAAAUACUAUGAGAAUUUGGAAAGUCAACAGUCGUCGGUGAGACAUGCCAUUUCAUGCUAUCAGUUCACACCGCAUUUUGAGCCUCCAGGACCCAUGUAUGACUGGAAUGAGUCCACGUCAUGGUCUCACAUUGUGCCGGAUGUAUCUCCAUUGGCUUCUACUGUGCCAGCGUUUUAUUCAAAUUUACCACAGCGCAACGGAAAAGGUCGUAAGAAGUUACGUUUAUACGAGUAUCUGCACGAAGCUCUCCAAGACGACAACAUGGGUGACUCCAUCCAGUGGACGGACCGAGGGAGCGGCAUCUUUCACUUCAUCUCGAAAAAUAAAGAGAAACUGGCCGAGUGCUGGGGUCAACGCAAGGGCAACCGCAAGACCAUGACCUAUCAGAAAAUGGCACGCGCACUCCGCAACUACAGCCGCACGGGCGAGAUUGUGAAAGUGCGUCGCAAACUGACGUAUCAGUUUAAUCCAGCAAUACUGCAGAGACUGAGCACACUGCCAGGCUACAGCCCCGGCCCUUCGUCCAGAGAGAUGGUCCUUCAUCAGCAAAGCUCUGCUGAGCAUGUGUACUACAGCUCUGCUGUACCUGACUGUCAUUACUGGUAUGGGCAGUACCCAUACCAGGGCGAGUAUGACCUCGCCACUGUACUGACGAUGCAUGAAGACCCAAAAACAUCUCAGUGAUCUCCAAAAGAAAUCAUGAGGACAUUCCUUUCUUUCCACGAAUUAUGAAUAUUAUAUGUCUUUUGCACUAUUGGUGAAGCUAUCAGAUACAUUUUAAAUGGAUAAGAAGUAAAUAAAUGAAGCCAUUUUAGUGGUGUGCAUGUAAACUUGGGCUCUUUAAGUAU